GCUGCUGCUUCUUCUUCAGGGCUGAGAGGACGCCUGAAGGCCCCUCCCUGAGCGGCUCGUUGCGCCUCUGCGCAGCCGGGGGCCGAGGCGGCUGGCCGGGCGGGGUGUUGGCGCAUUUCCAGCUGUGAAUUCGGGGUGCUUCACGUUGAGAGUACGCAUUGGUAGUUGCAAGUUAACUUUGCAUGUCGAGUUUGGAAAAAUUUUAUAUCAUCUUGCUACUCCUCAGUAUAAAAUGACCAGGCAUGCUUUUUGUUUCACGAAGCCUCUGUUGCCGUGGCAUUGGAACGUACCAUCUACAAACAAAUUUACUUUCUAGGUCCAUCAAGCUUUCAGCCUCUGAUACAAUGGCCUUUAGACACAAAAACACACGACGAAUUGAAGGCCUUGAUAGCAAUGUGUGGGUUGAAUUUACAAAGGUGGCAGCAGAUCCUUCAAUUGUUAAUCUUGGUCAAGGCCUCCCUGAUAUAUGCCCUCCCAGCUAUGUUAAAGAAGAGCUGGCAAAAGCAGCAGCAGUUGACAGACUGAACCAGUACACACGAGGCUUUGGGCAUCCAUCAUUGGUGAAAGUCUUGUCUAAAGUAUAUGAGAGAGUUUGUGGAAGAAAGAUUGACCCUCUCACAGAUAUCCUGGUGACAGUAGGAGGUUAUGGAUCUCUCUUUAGUACGAUACAGGCUUUAAUUGAAGAAGGCGAUGAAGUAAUAAUAAUAGAACCAUUUUAUGACUGUUAUGAACCAAUGGUGAAGAUGGCGGGUGCAAAGCCUGUUUUUAUUCCACUGAGAUAUAAAAAUGGUGGAAACUCUGCAUCCAGUGCUGAUUGGGUCUUAGAUCCAGCUGAACUUGCAAGUAAAUUUAAUUUGAAAACAAAAGCCAUUAUUCUGAAUACCCCACACAACCCUAUAGGCAAGGUAUUUACCAGAGAAGAACUCCAGAUAAUAGCUGAUCUCUGUAUUAAACAUGAUACUCUGUGCAUCAGUGAUGAGGUGUAUGAAUGGCUGGUGUACAAGGGAAAUAAACACACAAAAAUAGCUACGUUGCCAGGUAUGUGGGAAAGAACAAUAACUAUAGGAAGCGCUGGGAAAACAUACAGUGUAACUGGUUGGAAGCUUGGUUGGUCUAUUGGCCCUCAGAAUCUGAUUAAGCAUUUGCAAGUAGUUCAUCAAAAUACACUCUAUACUUGCCCAACUCCAUUACAGGAGGCUUUGGCACAAGCACUUUGGGUAGACUAUAAACGCAUGGAUGACCCAGACUGCUAUUUUUACUCUCUGCCUCGAGAGCUGGAAAGCAAGCGUGAUCGGAUGGCUCAGCUACUUCAAGAAGUUGGGCUGACACCUGUCAUUCCAGAAGGAGGAUACUUUAUGAUUGUUGAUGUUUCUACAUUAAAUGUGGAUCUCUCUGAUGUAGAUGAGAAUCAACCUUAUGAUUAUAAAUUUGUCCGAUGGAUGAUAUCAUCUAAGAAACUCUCAGCAAUUCCGCUUUCAGCAUUCUGUGGGCCUGAGACAAAGAGGCAAUUUGAAAAAUAUAUACGUUUUUGCUUCAUUAAGAAAGACAGCACUCUGGAUGCAGCUGAAGUGAUCCUGAAGAACUGGAAGAAGCAGAAAGCUUGAUUUUUUUUUUUUUUUUUUUUUUUUCUAUUUUUAUAUAUAUAUAUUUUUUUUAAAAUUUUUUCUCUUAAUUAACUCUUCUGUCUGGUAUAAUUAUCUUACAUCAGGGCUUUUGUUGCAGACUUAAGAACAAAUUACUUAAUACAGUACAGAAUUAAUAUGAUAUUGUAAAUAACUUUGUACUGCCACCUGCUGAGGAGUUAAAACAAUGAUUUACUGAUAUUUGUAAUGCAACUCAGGUUAUUUUCACAUGUCUUUGUCUUACUGAAAUGUGAAGAGUUCUAGAACUGCAAAAUAAAAAAUUGUUGUAGGUAUUUUAAGUUUUUUGGUAUGAGGUGGUGGAAAGUCACUGUAUGUCUCAGAGAAGAUAAGUGCCUUUCUAUGUACCUGUCUACUCUGUCCAUGCAUAGAUUGCAUCAGUUUAACUAAAAUGAUUGAGUUAAAUCAAUUAUGUGUGUAUACAGGCAAGAUCUAAAGGAAUAAUCAGUAUUUGGUUAUUUCCACGGUAGUCUUGUGCUAUUCUGAGGGUAUUCAGUCCUCAAUAAAAUUAUGCAGGUGGCAUUUAGAAUAGGAUUUCUUUUAUUUCUAGACUCUUGUUUACUCCAUAAAUGAAUCUGCAAAGCAAAAUAAAAGGACUUGCUAUAGAGGCAUCUCCAUCAGGUGAAUUAA